AUGUUCACAGGUGUCCAUGUGAUGUUGUUCAUUGAAAGAAGUGUAGCGUUUUUGCGCCGAAGCAGCUACGAGAAGCAGAUGAAAAUAAUGGGAGUUGGAUUCACUUUGUUCGCGGUAGGAGGGGCUGUGACAAAAGCGUAUUGCCUGCUUUAGUGGAGCUUCUGCGGGCCAUUUGAAGUGGGUGUGAUCGGAAGUUUUGAUGCCUCCGAGAUGAUUUCGCACUGUUCUGUGAUCGGCACAACCAAGGUUGCACUAUACGGGUCGUUUUUGCAAAUCACAAGUUUGGUCGAUAUUGGAUCCACAAUGGGAGAUCUUCUUCUUCGUUGCAGGGCCAAAAGGAAGGCAAAACAACUUGCGUGAGUCGUGUUUAUUCUUUUUGAACUUGAUACAGUCAAAACUCUGUGGCAGGACUAGAAGAUUUAAUCGCUACAUAAGAGUUACGCAUUCCGGAACUCAGGAUUGUGAGCGAACAACAAAAACAAGCUGUAAAAUUUACAGGGGAAGUACCCCAAGUGCGGCGCUCAGAUUUUGAUGAAACUUGGCACAGAUUUAGAGUAACUUUAUCUAAAAUAUAUGCGACAAUCCUAGCUCGCGUUUUGCAAAAACAGCCGAGAUUUUUAAAUAGGAAUUCAGCGAAAAUUUACGACUUUUUGCCGAAUUUCGGCUUCGGCUUUUUCGAAUUCGGCAAAAAGUUGCAUACCUGUUUUCUACCGUAAAGGGUACUGUUUUCACAAAAAAAUCAGUUUUUUCCGCACGAGACUGCCAAAGUUAUGGCCAAAAAGCGUUUUUCUCUCUGACCGCUCUCCGCGUUAGGCGUACUCUCUCCGCGGCAAAAGUGGUUCAAUAUCUCGGUGGCGCUUGCAAAGCGCGAGCUAAAACUUUAAGGAAUUGACAUUUAGUUGAUGCCCGACGUGUGUGCAAAAUUUUAAAAAAAUCUGAGCGUCGCACUUGGGGUGGUUCACGUGUUAAUAUCAGAGAACGUCUUUCUAGAAACUACAACAACUAUACUCUCUCCAACGCUUACCAGCGGAAAGAGAAUCUUCGGCUAAUGACAAUGAUGGUCCCAAUAUCAACCGUUUUUGCGGCUGGGCAUUUGAUUUACUCGUUGGCUGCCCUUGGUAUGGAACGGUUCAUUCCGUAUUACGCAGAGCUCAGGUUUGGCAAAGAAGUGCUGUCAGAAGAUAUGGGGAGAUUGGCUGUCGCCGGGUUUGAGUUUAACAUAUCGGUGAGGCACAAGUUUAUCAAAGGUUACUUUUCAGAUGUUUGUAUCUCUCUUAUUCAUCGUAACUCGGAUGUACAUCAGAAUUGGCGAGAGGUUGAUGACCGAAAAGCAAAUAACUGUGGAUCAGCCAAAUACGGAUGUCACAUUCUCGAUGUUUGAGGAUCAGAUGAAGGCUCAUCUUUCAGCAAAAAAGUUGGAUUUGACUCCAAGGUCGUAG